AUGAACAGGAAGCCUCACUACAAAAAGAAGGACAGACUGGUGAACCAGCAACUUACCAUAUACUCUUACCUGCACAUUGGCCUCAUGCAAGCUGUGGGAGCUUUCAUUGUGUAUUUCACUGUGUAUGCACAGGAGGGCUUUAAACCCAGCGUUCUCAUUAACAUCCGGGUUGAAUGGGAAAAUAGCAAUGUGAAUGACUUGGAAGACAGCUAUGGACAACAGUGGACAUCGUACCAAUACUUAGAAUGGAUGGGCUAUACAGCUUUCUUUGUUGGCAUCAUGGUCCAGCAAAUAGCAGAUCUAAUCAUCAGGAAAAUCAGGAGGAACUCCAUAUUCCAGCAGGGUAUCUUCAGAAAUAAAGUCACCUGGGUGAGGAUUGCCUCACAGAUUAUCAUUGCAUUAAUCCUCUCCUGUGGGCUUGGAAGUGUCACAGCCCUGAGUUUCACAAUGCUCUGGCCUCAGUAUUGGUUUAUGGCUCUGCCAUUUGCCAUUCUGAUUGGGUGUAUGAUGAGACGUGGAAACUUUUCAUCAGACUCUACCCUGGAAGCUGGUGGGAUAAGAACAUGUAUUAUUAAGACCACCUCACUUCCCAAGUCUCCCAGUUGCACAAUGGGGAUGUUCAUCUUCUGGCUGCAUCUGGGAGACUGCUGCAAUAGGGACUUACCAAAAUGCAGAAAGAGAAGGCAGAAAACAGUAUGAAAGAUACCCACCGAGGUUUUGUACUUUCAAGCAGAUAUUCAACUGUUUAUAUAUGAUUUGUUUCUCUGUAUCCAUCUCCUUGUUCAAAAAUAUG